UUUUUUUGGUGUGUCUUCUUCUUCUUCGAGUUUAAUGACGGUUGGAAAACAAACAUUAAGUGCAUUCCCGCCACCUACUGGGUUGGAGUGUAGAACAUUGAGAAGAGAAACAAAACAACAUCAAAAACAAAUCCUAUUAAACAGUCCUACUUUCUUUAAAUAUCUCAAUACCGCAUUAUAUAUUUUAUGCUUAUCCAAACCAUUAUGCAGCCGUUUUUUAAGUAAUAAUUUUCCUAUUCAUAUUUCCCUUACUUCUUUUAGCAAAUGUGUCCUUUCUCUUUUAAAAGCAUUACAACAUAGUAUAACAUGCUCACUAGUUUCUGCUAAUCUACAUUUACUGCAAUUUCCAGACUCAUGUUAUCCGAUUAGAGGUAAUUUAAAGCUGUAUGACCAGGGCAAAGUCUAUUUAUAAUUGUGUCUUUUCUUCUAUUACCAAAAUCUCUUUCACUACCAACCUGAUAUUGAACAUGAUACAGAUGUCAAAAACCAGGAUUCCCAAUUCCCUAGGUAAAAAAAAUGACGUAAGCAAGACGACUAAACAACCGGGAGGGACCUUGGUCUUAUCGUUAUCUCGAGGGGGGGGGGGGCAGCCACCCUUAUAACUGGCUUUCUUCAUGGUUCUCUAAAAAUUAAGGCUUUCCUUGCGAGACGAGAAUCUUCACCAUCUGAAUCAUGAGUAAGUUAUAUUUUCCUUUUUUUCCUGUAUUUCUCGUUUAUAAUUUAUUUUCAUAUUUGCACUAUAUUUCUUAGUUUAUAUAUAUAUUUAUACUACUUGAAAAGCGGUUUACUGUACUUCCAACUUCUUAAUAUCAUUACAGUUCUACUGUCCUGCAUAUCCUACUAUUCUGUUUUUUAUAGAGUUUCUCUAUUACUAUAAGAUAUUAUUAAAGUUAUUCAUGUGUGUGUAUGAGGAAGAGAGAGUGUGUGUUUAUGUAUGUUGUGUCUACUUGCCCGCCCUUGACUGCACGAGUGUGUGUGUGUGUGUGUUUUUAGCACUCCUCAGCUCGUACACUUCUUUUUGACUUUUUUUGACUAUUACUGCUAUUAAAUUGCUCGUGAUUCCAAUCUGUCAAUGUCCGCCUAAUCCCGCUUCUAUGUGUCUAGGUGCCCGUUUUUCCUUCUUCUCCCUUAUGUUUAUUUUAUGACAUUUUUUAUCCACAACACUCUUUUGUCUUUAUCCCAAACUUCUUGCCACUUUCUUUUUAUAACCAUUUGGAUUAUUGCCGUAACUUCUGCUUUACUUAAAAGGAUAUUCAUUUCUAUAUUAGAGAAUUUCAGAGCUUGCUUUACCAGGUGAUCUACCCCCUCAUUUCCUUCUACCCCUGCAUGUGAUGGAACCAAAAGAAAGCAUAUCUUAACACCUAAGGUUUUAACUGUAAAUAAACUUAGAAGUAUGCCAUACAAGAUGUCUUUUCUGGAAGAUCUUCCAGUUAAUAAACAAGAUAGUGCAGAAAAUGAGUCUGAGCAGAUCACCAUCUCAAAAUCGAGCAUCCUCCACCCAUUUAAUAGCUAAUAGGAUUGCUACUAUGUCUACUAUUGCUACAAUUGAUACUAUUGCUACUAUGUUGAGAAUUCUCUUACUUGAUCAGAAGUACUUUUUGCAAUUUUGGAAUAAAUACAGCUGCUUCAGCUUGACCAGUUUCUGGAUCUUUAGAGCCAUUGGUCAAUAUUGAAAACAUUGGGUAGAAUUUCAGCUCUGGGUACUGAUUGAUCACUUCUUAUUUUUGACAUUACUCUGUUUUUCAUCAUUAACUACUUCUUGUAACUAAAUGUCCCCUAAAGGCAUAGGAAUAACUAAAGGGGAAUAGGUGAUACCACCACUGUAGGCCUCAUAUCCAUUUUAGACAAUCACAAGGACUGGACUUCUUUUUCCGUAAUCUAUCCAAAGAUAUUCAGGAUGGCUGACUCAUGCUCCCAGCAGUUCACCAAUAUCUUUUUGACUGGAUGAGUCUCACUAUGACCUUUUAUUGACAUCCUGCGUGCGAACAAUAAUUUUCACCUUCAGAUGUCAAGAGGCUUUCACACAUUUCAAUCUUUAGAGCAGGGAUGGAUGUAGAUCUAAGAGCCCCACAACAUAAACAUAAUGCCUGGUAUUGUAUCGCAUCAACUUUUUUAAAACUGUAUUUUAGAUGCAGAUCCAUAUACUGUACACCCAUAAUCUAUUGUAGACCUAAUCAGCACACAAUAUAUCCUCUUCAACAACUGAUGUCUGGCAAACUAAUCUACCAUGAUUAAACAUCUUAUAUAUUUAUUACAUUUGUCAACUAUUUUCUUUAUGUGAACUGCAAAUUUGAGUCUUGGGUCUAGCCACGCCCCCAGGAAUCUUAUUACUGACUCUUACUCCCAAUAAUGUCCAUAUAGCUUCAACCUCACGGUAGGGUUGAUUAUCUUUUUUGAGAAGCAAAUAACCUGUGUUUUUGAUACAGAGAGGAGAAAUCCCCAUUUAUCAGCCCACUUUCUACCUCAUUUAUUGACUUUGGCAUACUCUUAAUUAUAUAUGAUGCAUUCUUCCCUCUUUUCCAUAAAGCACCAUCAUCUGCAACUAGAGACAUCUUGAACACUGUACCCACAUUGGAGAACACAUCAUUAAUCACUACAUUUAAAAGGAUAAGACUGCAUAUACUACCUUGAGAGUUGCGGAUGUGAUGGGGAAGUGAAUUCCAGAGCUUAGGGGCAAUGUGACUAAAGGCUUUUCCACCCACACAGCAAAUUGAGCAGAGUUGAAUUUUUGGUGUUGAUGAACAAAAUCAACUCUGAUAGUGUUACCGCUAUGGUGGAACGCACCAUUAGGAGUGACUGACCUAGAUCAGGCUGGUUGCUGAUUCGUCCGUCCUUCUGGCAGGAGUUAGGUUAACGGACCCCUCCCUUAAUUCUAGUGGAAUGCACAGCAGGUGGAACGAAGGAUAUUUUGUGGAAGAAGACUUUGUGUCGGAAAUGCUGGCGAAAGUGGACAUAGGAGGAGGGCAGAAAUAUAUUUAAGUUCCACAGACUGAUGAAGUCUUUCAAUUUGAGAAAUUCCUUCAAGAAGUAACAGAAGUUUAGUCUGCAGCCAGACAGUUUCAGUAAGGGCCAGCUCUCAGUCACUGAUGUGUCAGGAACAGAGGUGGAUGGAGAUGUCUUUGAUGAACUUGUCAAGUCAGGUGUCUUGACCUUCAAGAUCCCCUUACCAGUAAUGGGUAAAGAUGUGAAGGCAUGGGAAAAGGCAGGGGUUUGAUGAGGUAUCACAGGCAGUGUAAACUAAGAGGCAUAUAGUGUGUUGUCUAAAAUAUCUUUUUGAGGGACCUCAAAAUAUUAUCAUUUGCUAUACUAUUGAUCAUUAUGUUAAGUACAUCUUAUUCGUAUAUAUGGAAAGUACUUAAUGAAGAUAAUAUACUUUAUAGUUUUUUAUGUAACCAUUCAAGUAUUUGUUGAAAUGCUUUUGUUACUGAUAAAUACAUCCAUCCAUCCAUCCAUCUUCAACCGCUUACUCCUUUUCAGGGUCGCGGGGGAACCUGGAGCCUAUCCCAGGGAGCAUCAGGCACAAGGCGGGGUACACCCUGGACAGGGUGCCAGUCCAUCGCAGGGCACUGAUAAAUACAUGUAUAUUUAAAUUGAUUUUGUUCUGUCUGCGAUUUUGUAGAUCUGGAUGUUCAGCUGGUCUCAGAUCAAGCAUCCUCCUCUGUACUGACACCACUAUCCCCAGCUUCAUCCCAUUCAUCAGACUCCACAAAUGUCCUUGAGUCCACAAGAAAGAAGAGGAACCCGACAGAUUUAAUGGACCAGAAUGAAGCAAGACAGGAACACUACUAUGAUCCUGAGGGUAAUACUGGCUUCGUUGCAUGGAGCAUCAAGAGAGUUCAACGUAACACUUGUGCUGCCUCCCGGUGUCAUUCCAAGACUGUUCUUCAGGAUGGUCCAAAAACCAGAUGAGAAUCUCUGUUAACCUGUCAACAGCUAUUUGGUGAGGAGUGCAAGGAGGCAAUAUCUACAAUACGAUAUUCUACUGAUGAAUCUGUGGUUAAAGAGAAGAUCAGAGCAACUUUCCAGUAUCGACAGAAGAUGGUCGGUGAGGAUACAUCAUCUUCAGUCCUGGAUUUGUUCCCUCGUUUUCUUGAUGUACCUGGACUGAUCGACCAGGAUUUAUCCAUGAUGUUUGGUGAUGAAGUGUCUCAGAAGUUCCGGAAAAACUGGUCAACAUUCUUCAAGCCAAAAAUCAUUGCAGACUGCAAGACUUUAAGAAUAUGGGCGAGCUGCUGUCAGGAACUGAACCUGAAUCAGAGGACUACUGGAUGGGACAGCGAUAUGUCCUUUUGCUGCUGCAUCUGCUCCCUCCAAACUCAAGAGGCCAGGAAAAAAACAUCCAAGAUCAGUUCACCUCAAGCAACCAGCCAUCUUGUGAGAUAUCUUAAGGAAGGGGCCAGUGUGACUACCUUCAUUGAGAGUGCUGACACAAGACAACCGUUCCUCCUCUGCAUCAGUGAGCGAAAGAAGGAUAUCCAAAAGUUCUCCAAUACUAUUGACGAAAAACCGAUCCCAUGUAAGGCGCACACAUCAGUGGCAGCUUUUGAUGAACUAUUCAAAGCUCACUAUAUCUUCAGUCUCUCAUAUGAUGAAGCUCUUUGUAAUUUCUACACAUUUAUCCAAACCACUAUCUAUAACAUCGAUGUCGGAAGAGCAAAGGAGAGCCCGCGUGUUAAAGAACUUUUAGCAAGAUUGCUGCAGCGAGAUUAACAACCUUGAAGAUGUUCUCAUGUUUUGUAUGUAAAGCGCACCUCAGAACUUGUUUAGUUCUUUGUCAACAUUUAAAAUUUCAACAUGGUUUAUAUCUUAGGAAAAAGUUACGUUUAAAAUGUGGAGAGCCAGGUUGCCCAUUAUCAUUUUGUACUUACAGUGGCUUCCGAAAACACCUCAGCAAGGUACAUAGUCACAAUAUGGAUCAAGAGAUUGAUACUAAUCAGGACCUUUCCACUCAGGGAGAAUAUGAGGCGGAAUGUUCAAAUGAUCGCCCAAAUUCUGUUGCCACUUUACAUACUUCACAAAGUUCUUUUGUUACAAGUCAGCUAUCUUGAAUGUUUGGAUCAAUUGUUGCUCAUUUGCAAGCAUCAGGUCUUUCGGAAAGUGCUGUCCAAACAAUUGUUUGUCCACUGGAAGUUCUUAAUGAUGUUAAAAGCCAAACACAAGAUGUAGUUCUUUAAAUUGUUACUCCUGAAAGUACAAGUUCACACAAUUGUAGAAGAAUAGAACACUGUUUUGAUCAAUUAGGUAAUCCUUUUUCAGCAUUAAACACUGAGUCAAAGAGGCAUAAAUAUUAUGAUGAGAAAUGGGAAAUAGUUUAACCUAAAGAAUGUGUUCUUGGGGUGAGAAUGGAUUUGCACAGAGAUAGAACUACAAGUAUCUAUAGUUAGGUUCCCGUAACGGACAAGUGCAUGUAUGUACCCAUUCUGGGUGCACUGAAAUCCAUAUUCAAAAACAGUCAAGUUAGAGAGAGCUUUUUACAGGACAAACAGAGUGGAAUUGGAGUUUACAAAGACAUUAAUGAUGGGUCGUAUUUCCAAAUCCAUGCACUGUUCUCGCAGCAAAAGCAUACUUUACAGAUUCUACUCUAUUACGACGAUUUUGAAAUUGCUAACCCUCUAGGUUCCAAGAGGGGGAUCCACAAACUUGGUUGUAUCUAUUUUACUCUAAAAAAUCUUCCACCCAAGUGUAAUUUGGUAAUGAUUAAUGUACAUCUUGCAGCUCUAUUCUACAUGGAAGAUCUUAAGACAUAUGGUUUUGAUGUGAUACUAAAGCCCCUUAUUAAUGACUAGAAAAUCUUAGAAACCGAAGGCAUACAGCUUCCUUGUUUUGAACAACCAUUGUUUGGCUCAGUAAUUCAAGUAACAGGAGAUAAUUUGGCUUUAAAUGACUUGCUGGGAUUUGUGGAAUCUUUCAGUUCAACUAAUUUCUAUAGGUUUUUUUAAGGAAGAAGUUCAAUCUGUAUUUACUGAAGAUCAUUCUGGGUUAAUUUUCCAUUCCAAAGAGGUUCAUACUGAACACUGUAAGGCACUAAAUGAAAAUCCUAAACUGCGAUCAAUAUAUGGGGUCAAAAAGUCAAGUGUGCUCAAUUCUUUACAGUAUCAGUACCAUUGUACUGAUAACUAUGAUGAUAACAUCAUGCAUGAUCUGCUAGAGGGUGUGGUACAGUAUGAACUUAAGCUGUUUUUUGAGUACCUUGUUAAACAGGACUAUGUCUCUUUGAACACAUUGUCAGAUAGGAUACAGAGCUUUAAUUAUGGUUACACAGACCGUAAAAACAAACCAAGUGGGGUAAAAAUGGAUAAUAAGAGCAAACACCUGGGUUUGAAUGACAUACAGUCCUGGUGUCUUCUGCACAACACUCCACUGAUAUUUGGUUAUGUCAUUGAAAGGAAUAAGAAUCACUGGAACUUUCUCCUGCUUUUGAUACAGAUUGUCAAUGUAGUGUUCUCCUACACCAUAACUGAUGGGAUGAUAUGUUACUUAAAACAUCUGAUCUGUGAUCACCAUACUCUGUUCAAAGAAUUGUUUCCUGACAAGAGGUUGAUUCCCAAGCACCACUUGAUGAUACACUAUCCGAGAUACAUAAAAAAAAUUGGCCCUCUUAUCCAUAUGUGGUGCAUGCGAUUUGAAGCUAAGCACCAUAUUUUCAAAAGAUGUGGCAAAAAUUUCAAGAAUCUCAUUAAACCAUUAGUAAAGCAACAUCAACAUCAGUUGGCAUUUAACUAUGAAAAUUAUUGUUUUAGAAGGUUUGAAUUUGGUCCUACAACAUCAAAAACCAUCUGUGACUUGCAAGGUGGGGAAGAACUCAGACAGACAUUAUAUUUUUGAAGCCUAUUUGAGUGUUACAAGUACAAAGUGGGUCAGACAUUAUGGUACUGAGUAUCAGUUUGGUUUGUUCAUAUGCACUGGAUGUACUUAUGAUCUCCCUGUGUUCAAAAAGAUCUGUGAAAUAAUAAUAUAUGAAGAGAGUGCUUUCAAAAUUUCCUGUAAUGUAAAAAUAAUGUACUAUGAUAACCACUUCAGUGCAUAUUGUAUAGAAAAUGACCAAAUGGAUGAGUUUUCUGUCAUCUCUGUGAAUGAACUGACAGAUUUUAGGCCAUUUGACAAGCAGUGCUCUAAUGAGAAUAAUCAAAGAGAGUACAUAGUGCCCAACUGUUAUAUUUAGAAAGACUUGACUUGAGGGGUCAGUAAUGUUAACACAAUUGAAAAAAUAAAAUUAUUAUAAAGCAAUUAAAUUUAUUUGCCUUUUAGAUUGGUAAUCAUAUAAAUGUAAUUUUAAUUGUGAAGUAGCAUAUUACCACUUGUGUUAGAAGCAACUCAUUUUAUAGUAUGCAAUUAAAACUGUGACAGUUAAUGAAUUACUCUUAUGAGAAUUAAUUUCUAACACUACACACUGGUGUUGAGAAACUAACACUUGAGGAGUGUUAAAUUUCAACUAUACAAAGAGUUGAUGUGAACUCUAUUAAAGUGUUAAAAUGCCAACACUUUAAAAGUGUUGAAAUGAACUCCAAUAGAGUUGAUUUGUUUCUGUGGAUUUUGCUGUGCAUGGUGCUAAAGUUCAUGUCCGGUAUUGCUAUUAGACCUGCUGAGGAGGAUUGCAGUAAGUGGAGAGUGGUGUAGUUCUCUAAGAGGUUAGCGAGGUAAGAGGGAGCAUAAUUAUGUAUGGCUAGUGAAGCUGGAUGAGCAGAGGUGUUACAUGGCUGGUUGAUUUGGAGCAUGUAAUGAUCCUUGCUGCAGAGUUUUGAAUUAUUUGGAGCCAGUGAAGUAGUUUAUUAGGAUGCCAGACAGCAUGGAAUUGCAGUAGUCAAUGUGGGAUGUGCAGUAUCUCACAAAAGUGAGUACACCCCUCACAUUUUUGUAAAGAUUUUAUUAUACCUUUUCAUGUAACAACACUGAAGAAAUAACACUUUGCUACAAUGUAAAGUAGUGAGUGUACAGCUUGUAUAACAGUGUAAAUUUGCUGUCCUCUCAAAAUAACUCAACACACAGCCAUUAAUGUCUAAACCGCUGGCAAUAAAAGUGAGGACACCCCUAAGUGAAAAUGUCCAAAUUGGGCCCAAAGUGUCAAUAUUUUGUAUGGCCACCAUUACUUUCCAGCACUGCCUUAACCCUCUUGGGCAUGGAGUUCACCAAAGUUUCACAGGUUGCCACUGGAGUCCUCUUCCACUCCUCCAUGACGACAUCACAGAGCUGGUGGAUGUUAGAGAUCUUGUGCUACUCCACCUUCCGUUUGAGGAUGCCCUACAGAUGCUCAAUAGGGUUUAGGUCUGGAGACAUGCUUGGCCAGUCCAUCACCUUCACCCUCAGCUUUUAUAGCAAGGCAGUGGUCGUCUUGAAGGUGUGUUUGGGGUCGUUAACAUGCUGGAAUACUGCACUGGGGAUCAUGCUCUGCUUCAGUAUGUCACAGUACAUGUUGGCAUUCAUGGUUCCCUCAGUGAACUGUAUCCCCCCAGUGCCGGCAGCACUCAUGCAGCCCCAGAUGAUGACACUUCCACCUCCAUGCUUGACUGUAGGCAAGACACACUUGUCUUUGUACUCCUCACCUGGUUGCCGCCACACACACUUGCUGUGUUGAGUGAUGGAUGGGCAUAGUCUUGCAGUGUUCCAUAGAUGGAAAAAGGCACUGCAAGAAACAUUGUUUAUGUGUGCAGCAAAUGAGAAAAUGCUAUGUAAAAUGUCACUAGGCUCUUAACCUGAGUGGAGUAUGGUAUAGUGCAGCCGUCAAUGGAGAGGGUGAAGGUGUUUCAAGUGCUGUUUUAGAGCCAACAAUGAGUAGCUCAGUCUUAUUGCAGUUUAAUUUCACUUAGUUCUUAGUCAUCCAUAAGUUGAUGUCAUGAAGACAGGCUAUGAUCAUACUGAGAGGAAGAGAGUCUGAGGGCAUUGUGGAAUGUGUAAAGCUGAGUAUCAUCAGCAUAGCAGUGAAAGUGAACACCAUGAUUUCAAAGGCUAUUACCAAGUGGGAGGAGAUAGAUGAUAAAUAGGAGAGGCCCUAAAACUGAGCCCUGGGGAACCCUCUUGGUGACAGCCGAGCUCUCUGACUUGCAGCUUAUUAUUUGGACAAAUUGUGUCCUGUCAGUUAGGUAGGACAUGAACCACUGAUGUACAAUGCCAAGGACUCCAGUGUUAGCUAGAUGUUCUAGAAGAAUCCGAUUAGAGAUGGUGUCAAAGGCUGCACUGAGGUCUAGGAGGAUGAGGAUGGAGAGAAGUCCAGAAUCAGCUGCGCAAAGGAGGUCAUUGGUUAUCUUAAACAUGGCAGUUUCUGAACUGUGUUUAGGAUGAAAUCCAGAUUGGAAUGGCUCAAACAGAUUAUAGUUUUUUAGGUGAUCCCAAUAAUUAUUGAAGUCAUCAGGAUCGAUUCCUGGCUUUUUC